AUGCAAACUAAUUCUGGAAAUAUUGGUUUCCCAGGGUUACCUCCACCUAUGGGUCUCCCACUACCUCCAGAUAAUAAUGGUUUUCCCCCUCCACCGCAAUUACCAACAGGAAAUUUGAAUUCAGGAAUAACCUUACUACCACCUCCUCCAAUGCCUGGUAUGCCACCACUUCCUCCUUCAGCGACAGCGAGUUCAAGCUCAAACUAUAUGAGUAGUGGUACACUUCCUCCAUUUCAGCAAGUUUCGAGUGGCGAUUCAGGAAUGGUACUACCACCAUUUGUUGGCCUUUCAUCAGGUGGUUCGAAUGGUAAUUUGCCACCUUUUCCAGGACCAACAAAUACAAUGCCGCCGACAAGUCCAGGCUCUGGCUUAAGUUCAGGACAAUUACCAAUGAUCAAUUCUUCAUCACAAUCGGGAUUUUUAUUACCUCCUCUUCCAGGACAAACUGGAUCAGCAUUAUAUCAAUCAUCAUCUCAGUCAUUAUUACCUAGCCCACCAGCAACAGAUUCGAAAUCUUUAAAUUCGAAAGAAAAAUCAGAAAAAUCAGAAAAAGUAGAUUCUUCGGACUAUGAUUAUGAUUAUAGCAGCUCAGAAUCAGAUAAAAAGAAAACUACACCUCCAAAAGCCCAGAAUACCCCUCCUGGCUUUCCAUUACCACCUCAACUCUCCCCUAAAGAACAAAAUACAAAUCAAACGCCACCAAUACCUUCAUUUGGCGCUGCAGCCUUACCACCCAUGCCACAAUCCAACGAUUAUGGUCAACCCAACUCAAUGUUUAAGCCAAAUCCCCCUCCUUUCCCAAGUGGCGGAUUACCACCGAUGCCACCUCCUCCAUCACAAGAAUUACCAUCCAAACCAGUACAGCCGCCAUUCCCAAGUGGUGGAUUACCUCCAAUGCCACCUCCAACUAGUCAAGAUAACAUAUCGAAACCAAUUCCUCCAUUUUCUGCCGGCGGAAUGGCUCCUCUUCCAUCUCCAACAUCUGAUUCAUCAUCUAAACCUAAUCCCCCACCUUUCUCUUCAGGUAGACCCUCAGCAACAAUUUCUCCCUCUGCAAAACAACCAUUUGCCUCUGGCGAAGGAAAUACACGACCAUCAUUACCACCAUUUGCAUCAGGCAUUGCUCGUAACACUGCACCAUUAGAUCUGGGACCUCCUCCAAAGCCAACACCCCCUCCUUUUGCAUAUGAUUCCAGGUCCGGCCAAAACCUUCCUUCUUUACCUCCUAUGCCUGGAUCUGCUCCUGUUACACCUACAGCCGACAGCCGCUUCAACUCUCCUUUCGCAGCUCUUCCAAAGAACACGAGUUCUAACAUGAACAAUUCACAAAGAGAUCCAUCAAGGAAAGAUUCACUUCCUCCUUUCGCAGGUCUAAAUAUGAUGCCUGUAGAAAAUAGACCAAGACAAAGUGAAUCACAAAUUGUUAACACAUCCAAACAAAGCAGUUCAAGUAGUGAUGAAGAAAUGCAAGAACAAGAACAUGAAGAUUUGACUAAUUUACAAUCAGUAGGAAUUGCAAAUUAUACAUCAACAUUUAAUGGUCCAUUACCAUUACAAGUCAAUCCAGAUCAAUCUGUUCCUAUUGCUCCUAUUUUGCAGCAGUAUCCAAGAAAGGAAACAUCGAUCAUGUCAUCAGGAAAAGUGUUUAAUAAUCAGCCGAAUUCGAAGAACGCGAAGAAUGAUGAUUUCGAGUCAGUCAUUUCCAGUUUCACUGGAAUAACAAAUACUAUAUUACAGCCUCCAACAAUCGGAAUGAGCCAAAUGAACUAUGUACCAAGGAAUUUCACUUUAGAACAAGUUUCCGGACCAGAAGGAAUCGAAAUUCCUAAGACAGAACUAUAUGUCAGUCCUUAUUCACCGAUGAAUCAAACGAACAAGAUCGAGUUGAUGCCUCCUCCCGAUGAAACAAUGAUCUUUGGAUUCACAGGUCCUGUUGUCCGUGCAAAUGUUUUAUCAGCAGCUGCAGGACAAGUCUGUGCAAUUCCCGGCCAAAUCACAUCAUAUGAUAAUGAACCACCACCUUUUUAUCAUCCUUUUGUUGCGAAUGUCAUCAACUUGCCUCCAAUCACUCCUCACACACCAGUAAGAGGUGCAAGAUACUCUCCGAACAUGGGCUCAAUACAAUCAUUCAUCGACCAGCAGCCUCCUCUUUCCAUCAUCGAAAUUCCUGCAGGAAGAUACAACGAGAGUUUAUUCAUCAGGAAAUCAUUGUUCAUAAGAGGUGCCGGUGUUGAGUUCUACUCAACAGGAGACAUCUGUUUGAAUGUCUCUGCACCUGAAGUGUUCAUUGAAGGAAUUAAGUUCGUUAACCAGCCAUCAGGAAAAGAAUCAAUGGUUCAGAACUGCGCGUUCAUUGCUAAAUCAUGUGCUUUCAUUGGCGGAACAAACGCUGCAUUGAGUUUCAAUGGAAAAUCAUAUGCAACAAUUGAUCAUUGCCAGUUCUCUGAUGCAGGAUUCGGAAUAAAUAUGAUGAGAACAAGUUGUUUAUCAAUUUAUUCCUCAGAAAUUCACAAUAUGUCAGGACCUGCAAUUUACGCUUCAGAGCAAACACGUCUUCACGCUGAGAACUGCAAUAUAAGGAAGGUUGGCCAAGGUAUCAAUCUCUCCAAACAAGCAAUUGCAUCUAUUAUUAAAUGCAAUAUACAAGACGUGAAAGAUAUCGGUAUAGAUUUGGUGACAAACAAAUCCGAUAUUUACAUUGCAGAUACAAAAAUCACUUACUGUGGUAAAGCAGGAUUAUACAUGAGACAAUCAUCGCGUGCAACAAUUGCUGGCUGUGAAUUUAUGGGCAGAGUUGCAAUUCUUAUGGAGCUCAAUUCUCGUUUGAUUUCUUUCAAGAACAAAUUCACAGGAACAUCUGCAGCAAAUCAAAUGAUUGGUAUCAAAACAAAAGCGAGAUUCUACUCAAACGAUGACACUUUCACAGGUACAUCUCAAUUUUCUAUUGUUGCAAAUGGAUAUUGUUACCUCAGAGGCAGCAAUUUCACAGCAAUAGAAGGAAAUGCAGUUAUUGUUGAUCAUGGAGAGUCUACAUUUAUUAACUGUUUGUUCACUUCGAUCAGUAAAACUAGUAUCAGAAUACAGAAUGGAAAGAUCAAGUGUUAUACAAGCAGAUUCACUAAAUCAGGAGGUCCAAUGCUCGCUUUAAUUAAAGCAGAAGGAUUCAUAAAACACUCAUCAUUCUCUGCCUGCAGUGGAUCAUCCAUAAUGAUGAGUUUCGCGAACGAUUUAUUGUUGGAAGAUAUCGAAGUCACUGGAUCUGCAAACUGCGCAAUGGAACUUGAUAAUUCAUCACCGAAAGCUGUUGAUUGUCAAUUCAGAAACAAUGCAGAAAAUGGUGUAUUUGUUGAGAAGAAUUGCAAUCCAACAUUCGAGUUCUGCGUCUUCUCUGAGAACAGGAAAAAUGGAAUUACCAUCAUUAAUCAUUGCAACGCAACAUUUGUUAAUUGCCUUGUUAAUGGUAAUGAAUCUCAUGGUUUGGCGUUGAAUAGUGAUUGCACAUUAGUUUCUACGACAUUCUCAGAUAACUCUAAAUACAACAUGCAAAUCGAUGGCGGAAAUAUCACAAUGACAUUGUGCAAUUUCAAGAAAUCAGAGACAAAUAUAGUCAUCUCGUCGCAACAAGCGAAUGUCGACAUGAAACACUGCGUUGUACAAGACGCAACUGAUGGUUUGGUCGUUCAAGAAGGAGCAAGAAUCAGCAUGGUUCAGACACAGGCUAUGAAAUUUAGUCACGCAUGUUUGACUGUUCAAAAGGGUUCUUUCGCAACAUUGAACGGCUGCACGUUCAGCAGUACACAAGGACCAGGUAAUGUCUUGGCAACUUAUGAUGCAACAAUUAACUGCACUGGAGGUUUGGUCACUAAAUCUCAGUGCGGAUUCAAUAUCUCAAAGAACUCGAGGUUGAACAUCGAUGGCACUAAAAUCUGCAACUGCACACAAGGAAUUGCUAGCACUAGUUGCAUUGUUAAUGUCAUGGAAGCUGAGAUAAUUGAGAACAAGGAUGGAAUGAGAUUGAUCAAUUCAUCUGGAUCUGUAAAGAAGUGCAACAUCAGUGGAAACAAUGGCUACGGUAUUGUUCUCGAAAAAUGCAACGACAAUGUAGUUAUGGAGAUGAACUCGUUCAAUAUCAACAAACAAGAUAACAUUCAAGUAAAAUAA